CUCCGAACGGCCAUUUCAUCUGCCGCAAUCAUCGGCCAGGUCCAUUUCAGUGACCGACUUUCCAGCUGCUAGUCCGGCGAUUGGCUACGAAGAAGCUGCUAAUGCAAUUGACAGCUGCCGGUGAUUAUUCUUGCAUGAGGCUAAAAAGGUAGGUCUUGUUACGCGACCUUGACCGCAUCCGACGCAACACCUAUUGUCACUCCGCGAGCUUUCCCGGCGAAGCCGCUCGUGCAGCAGUGACUCUUGACGGAGGUCAGCGGUACCUGAUUGCCACGAUAAGUGUUGAACGGGAUCAUCGCUGUGACAUCUGCCUCUCAAUCUGGUGCCGUUGCUCGGAUAUCGAAACCCGGUUCCCAUCGAGAAGCUCAAUACAGUACACCUGCAUGCCGGGUUUGACCCAGGUCUACUGUCGACUUGAGUGAAUUUCCUUUCGUGUUCUGCUCACCAGCCAGCAUGGCGUCUAUCGCCGGCAAAGUGUUUGCUCUCACCGGUGCCGCAUCGGGCAUCGGUCUGAACACAGGUUGUCGGCUCGCACAACUGAAAGCGCGCGCCAUCUCCAUCGCCGACGUGAACCCGGGUCUUUUUGAGACUGCAAAGAAAAGACUCCUUGACAUCAACCCAGACAUGCAAGUGUUGACCUCCAAGGUCGACGUGGCCUCGAGUCUCGACGUCAACGCAUGGAUCAAAGAUACUGUCAAGACAUUCGACGCCCUCGACGGAGCGGUCAACUGCGCCGGAGUCAUUGCUCCUCCAGCUCCAUCGCAACAGGCACCUCUGUUUCUCAAUGAAACCGAUCAAUCAUGGGGCCGGGUGGUCGGAAUCAAUCUGACAGGUAUGCUGUACAGUAUGCGAGCCGAAGUCAAGGCCAUGCUGGACCUGCCCAAGGCGCCCCGGAGCAUUGUCAACAUAGCCAGCGCGGCCAGUCUGUUUCAUGACCCGACCAUCUUGUCUUACUGUGUCACGAAAGCGGCUGUGGCGAGUCUCACUACGACUGUGGCCAAGGAUCUGGCUUCCGUGGGUAUCAGACUGAAUGCAGUUUCGCCAAGUGCCACUAGAACCGGUAUGGCCUUACAGUGGUAUAAGAACGAGGAAGAGGCUGUGGCGGAUAUGGCCAAGCGCGGCAUCACUUUGCUGGAACCUGAGAAAGUGUCUGACACGAUCGUCUGGUUGCUGGGUCGGGAGUCGGAGGGUGUCUCUGGAGUCAACAUUCCCAUCGGCGCAAGUGCUCCGUGAAGCAGCCUGUGCGUCUCAGGAAGAGUACAGCACUACCUAGGUCCUAUCGUGUGCUGGAGGGCAUUUCUGGACUGCCAGAACAGACACCGAUCAGUUAUGGGGGCAAAGUUAGACAUAAAAUAGCAUAGAGCGAUGGACAGGGCAUGAGAUAGUCCACACUGCGUUAUACAAACGGUUUUGUACCUAGGUACCUCACGACCGGUUCCUACCUUGAUCCCGCUAUUUGUGCUAGUAUUGCUGCUACUUCAAGUUCACCACCAACCAGGCUACUAGUAGCGUUGCCAACAUCCACCUGUUGGACUGGGACCCGACGGCACGUUGCGGGCUUCUGCCGUCUCCAUCAUCGCAAGUGUUCAGCUUCAAGUUGUGCUCUAAGAUCCGGCCGCUCGAUUGAAUAUGACAUCAUUCCUUCCCGCGGCUUCACGGACGCUUAC